ACACACACAGUCACACAGCCCAAGAUGAUGUUCCCCAGUCUCCUAGCUCCUCCGGCCGUCUACCCCAACCUCCUGCGGCCCACGCCGACCCUCACCCUGCCCCACAGCCUGCAGAGCGCCCUGUCCACCCACUCCAGCUUCCUGGUGGAGGACCUCCUCAGGAUCACCCGACCCACAGCCAGCGCCGGAUACUUAGCCCGGGCCGUGCCCAGCAUCUCUCCUCCGAGAUCCGAGACCCCCAACAGCCUGGCGGACACCUCAGAGCUCCUCGGCUCCAGGCAGAACUCCAACUGCAGCAACGGCAGCUCCACCUUCCUGAAGUUCGGAGUGAACGCCAUCCUGUCCAACUCCACGGCCAGAACAGAUUCCUCGCCGACGUUGCUCCACGCAGCCCCUCCAAAAACCACCUUCUCUCUGCCGUACUUCGAGGGCUCCUUCCAACCAUUCAUCAGAUCAUCCUAUUUCCCAGCUUCCUCAGCGGUGAUCCCCAUGCCAGGCACAUUCUCAUGGCCCCUAGCAGCCCGUGGAAAGCCCCGCAGGGGGAUGCUGCGCAGAGCCGUCUUCUCUGACGUCCAGCGCAAAGCUCUGGAGAAAAUGUUCCAGAAACAGAAGUACAUCAGCAAGCCGGACCGGAAGAAGCUGGCCGGCAAACUUGGGCUGAAAGAUUCUCAGGUGAAAAUCUGGUUCCAGAACAGAAGGAUGAAAUGGAGGAACUCCAAAGAAAGAGAACUUUUGUCCUCCGGUGGGUGCAGAGAGCAGACCCUACCCACCAAGUUUAACCCCAACCCCGACCUCAGCGACGUGGGCAAGAAGUCUUCAGAAGGGGAGGAUGAUGCCUUGCCUUAUCAGCGUACAGAGCUCCACCUAGAGGUGGAAACACAGCUCCCCUCCUCGCCGUAUCACUCCAGCAGGCACAGCAAAAACUCAGACUUGUCAGAGUCGGACUCUGAUGUGGACCCAGAAGAUGAGAUCACGGUCUCCUAAUGGGCCCCAUUUAGAAUUCACAAAGACUUUACAAUGUUGUAAAAAUGAUAAAUAUUAUUAAGGAAUUGGAGAGGCGCCUCAGUGAUGUACCCCCUUCUGUCUGCAAGAGUCAAAGUAUAGAUGGGAUUCUG